GGGGCAGGUGGAGAGAGAGAGAGAGAGAGGGGUGAGUUUUGUGUUAUUAAAGCACAAAUUUUUCUUGGGGGGUGCAGUGUCUGAGAGACUGUGAGAGAGAGAAGGAGAGAGAGGGAGGUUUCUCUCUCUAAAAAUCCGUUCGAAAAGAUCAUUUCUUCCAUCUCUGGCUUGGAGGAGGAGGAGGAGGAGGAGUCGUCUUCUUCUUCUUCUUCUUACUCAUCAAAUCUCACUUUUCUGUUUCUGUCCACAGAGAGAUGAGGAUCAGGAAACGCUUCCCUCUCUCUUCGUUCUCCUCCCCACCCCAUCUCUCAGAUCCCCAACUCCUCCACCGUUUCCCGGCGGUGCAACACCCCGUCCACGGCGGAGCGCAGCCGCCCCCACCUGGCCGUCCCUUAGCGCAAGAGGGCAGCAGCAGGACUAGUCCUCCGCCGUCCGAUCCUCCAAAUCAGCCGCCCAAUCAGCCGCCGGCGAUCAGAAGGGGAAGCACCAGAUGGGUUUCCGAGGUGAAUCGGCAAAAGGCUUUGGAAGGCGAAGAGGGUGAAGAAGAGAGAUUGGAAGACGAAGAAGAGAGGAGCAAGCAUAGCAGGAAAGGAAGCAUCCUAUGUGCACAAGUAGGUGCUGGCCAUCUGCUACCUACUGCAUCUUCUCACCAAGAGGAAAGAGUAGAGAUACUUGUUCCGCCCAAGAAGAGAAGAGGGAGCUUUGAAAGAAGCAGGCAAGGCGAUGAGACGGCGAUAACAAUGGAGGAAGAGAAGAAGGAGGUCAAGCCCGAAGUGAAGUCCAAGAGAAGCAAGAAAAGCGGCAAUAAUGGCGCCGGUGGUGGGAAGAAGAAGGCGAGGGUUAGAGGAAACGAGAUCAUGGAGGGAUCGCGAUGCAGCCGCGUUAACGGGCGAGGGUGGAGGUGCUGCCAGCCGACUCUUGUGGGCUACUCUCUCUGCGAGCACCAUUUGGGAAAGGGAAGGCUUCGAAGCAUGGGAAGCGUCCCGAGCAGUACUGCAGCCGUAGCUGCAGCUCCGGCUAGUGUACCAGCACUGGAAGAUGAUCGUCGCGAUGGCAAUGAUGAUGAUGAGGAUGAGGAUGAGGAGGAGGAGGAGGAAGAGAAGCCGGCGACGAUGAGGAAGAAGAGGGUGAAGCUUGGCAUGGUGAAAGCUCGAUCCAUAAGCAGCUUGCUUGGCCAAACAAACAAUGCAGUUGUAGCAGCAGCAGUCUGUGAUGAUGACAAAUGAGUGGUAGUGUUAUUUCAUGUGCUUGAAUCGAACAAACUGUAAGCUUAGUUUCAAGUUCUAUAUAUUAUCUGGGUUUUGGGUACUGAUCAAGAACAUGUGUUAAUUUGAAGACUUGUUUCUUAUUUACUUAGAUAUAUAUAUAUAGAUGCUUGAAUGGAACAAAGUAUUUGGUGAGAAAAUUAUGUUUUAUGUUUUGAU